UAGUACGCAUUGAAACAACGAAGAAGAAAAUCAAGCAGCUACCCGGUUACCAGGACAACGCUAAAGAAAGGCGUCGUUAUUGUUAUUGCGAAUUGAUUUAAUGGAAAGUUAAUUUUGUACAUUUUAUUGUUUUAUCCGCGACGAUAAAACACGGAGAUGUAAUGCGGUGAUCAUACAGACGCGAGUGUGAUGAUGGAGGCCACACCCUUAUGGGCUCUCUCGCUCCCACUCCCUGCCAUCAUCCUGAUCUCUGUUGGACUUUAUAUGCUGUUCCUUGCAGGGGUCUUAUGGUGCCAUCACUGCAUCAAGACCCAGUGCAAUCCGCAGUGCACAGACUGCUGCCCGAGUGUCUCUCCUUUUGAGUACUGUCACGUGUGCGCUCAGUCAUGUGAUUGCCGCCCACCGUCUCUUCACACGUGCCUUGACCAUUCCUGCCCCUCUUCAAAUUGUGCCAUGUGGGACUGCACCUGCAACCCCGAGCCGCCUCAGUGUGACUCCAUCAACUGCAUAUGCUGCGAGAUCAAGUUCAAAUAGACACGAAAUGUCGAAUUUGUAUCUCUUUGUACAAAAGGUUUGCAUACGAGAGUCCAGACAGAGUUGUGUACGUGGUCUUGCGUUCCCGUAGUGCGUUUACACUUAUGUUUACAGCAAAUAUGUACUUCGUCCCAUUUAUUGCACAUUCAGUUACCUUUUAGUUUAAAAUGCCUUCAUGUCUUAUGUUUACCGACAUUGUUUUUUUGGAGUUUUUUUGCCCGUUUUUAAAUUCAGUGCCAUUUUUUGCAAUGUUUACUAAUGAUAUAUUAUCCAUGCUACAUUUCCUACCAUUGAUACCAGCAUAAAAUAUCAAAAUAAGGGCAUAUCCAGUCUUUUUAAAUUUGGCCAUGUGACUGAGAGUGAUGAUAGUUCUCACUGAAUUAUUAUUAUUAUUAUUAUUAUUUUUUUUUACAUUUAUUCAGGCAUGAAAACUGGACUCACAUUGUAAACCAUAUUUUUGUAGUUCUGACACUUUUUUUUUCUCUCUCUAGAAAAAAAUAAUUGCACUAGUUACUUGGGUUUUCUAUAAUUAUAAUAGGUCGAGUGUAUUUCAGCAGUUUCUUUUAUUUUUGUAUUUGUCUAAAAAUAAUAAAAACUGUAUAGUCUUUUACACAGGGAAAUAAACUUUUUAAAAUGUU